AUGACAAUUCAAAAACAACCAGCUGUCUUUUACGUUAACGCCGCCUUGUUCGAUUGCGAUGGUACUUUGGUCAAUUCUACUGGUGCCAUCUCUGAAUUCUGGAAGGAUUUUGGAAAGACUAGACCUCAUGUUAACCCUGAGGAAAUCAUCAGAACUUCCCAUGGUUGCAGAACCUUUGAUGUGAUUGCCAAAUGGUCUCCAGAAGAUGCUAUUGUGGAGCAGGUGACUGAGUGGGAAGGACAAAUUCCUGACUCUUUUGGUCAGUUUGCCAAGCCAAUUCCAGGAGCUGUUGAGUUGGUCAAAUCGUUCGACCACUUUUCCAGAAACGCCACCACCAACAAGGAACAAAGAUGGGCCAUUGUGACGUCUGGAACCUUGCCUUUGGCCACCAAAUGGUUGAAAUUGUUGACCAUUCAAAAACCAGACUGUUUCAUCACCGCCGAAAAGGUUACCAAGGGAAAGCCUCACCCUCAAGGCUACCAAGCCGCCAGAGACACCUUGGGCUACAAAGAUGAAACGAAAAAAGUCGUUGUUUUCGAAGAUGCUCCCGCAGGUAUCACCGCCGGUAAGGGUGCCGGUGCCAUGAUUGUCGGAAUCUGCUCCACUUAUGACCCAGAAAAGGUCAGAAACGCCGGUGCUGACAUUGUCGUUGACGACUUGUCGAGCUUUAAGAUUGACUCGUAUAACCCAGAAACCGAUGAAUUCAAGGUGGUUGUCGGUGACUACCACUAUGCCAGCGAGCAGUACUUGCAGGCUGUCUAG